UUCACUCCAUCCCCUGUGGCCUGUGCUCUGGCUGGCUCUGCUUCCAAGCAGCGUGGCUCCGCUGCUGCCCCCGCCAGCCGUGCCUGUAUCGUCUUUGUCCUCACCCCUCCACUCCUCGUGUGCUCUCUCUCUCUCUCUCUCUCUCUCUCUCCCCCCAACGGACGGCAAGGCUGCAGCCCUACGGUCAUCGACGCAUUGCUACCGGGAGCGCGGGCACCGAGGGCCGGAAGUGGCGGCGGUGCUGGAGCUCGGCGCGCGGUCGGCAAUGGCGGGGCGGAUUGUGCUGGCGCUCCCUGCGCUCAUCUUCUUGCUGCUCGUCGGGCACUGCCGCGGCGGCAAGAUUGGCGUCUGCUACGGCCGCAACGCCGACGACCUUCCGGCGCCGGACAAGGUGGCGCAGCUCAUCCAGCAGCAGUCCAUCAAGUACGUGCGCAUCUACGACACCAACAUCGACGUCAUCAAGGCCUUCGCCAACACCGGCGUCGAGCUCAUGGUCGGCGUCCCCAACUCCGACCUCCUCGCCUUCGCGCAGUACCAGUCCAACGUCGACACCUGGCUCAAGAACAGCAUCCUCCCCUACUACCCGGCCACCAUGAUCACCUACAUCACCGUCGGCGCCGAGGUCACCGAGAGCCCCGUCAACGUCUCGGCACUCGUCGUGCCGGCCAUGCGAAAUGUGCACACUGCACUCAAGAAGGCCGGCCUGCACAAGAAGAUCACCAUCUCCAGCACGCACUCGCUCGGGAUACUGUCCCGGUCGUUCCCGCCGUCUGCUGGGGCGUUCAAUAGCAGCUAUGCCUACUUCUUGAAGCCUAUGCUGGAGUUCCUUGUGGAGAACCAGGCGCCGUUCAUGGUGGACCUAUACCCCUACUAUGCGUACCAGAACUCGCCCAGCAAUGUGUCCCUCAACUAUGCGCUGUUCUCGCCGCAGUCUCAGGAUGUGAUCGACCCAAACACCGGACUGGUUUACAGUAACAUGUUCGAUGCUCAGGUUGAUUCCAUCUUCUUUGCGCUCAUGGCUCUGAACUUCAAGACUCUGAAGAUUAUGGUCACUGAGUCAGGGUGGCCAAACAAAGGGGCAGCCAAGGAGACUGGAGCCACUCCAGACAAUGCUCAGACUUACAAUACCAAUUUGAUACGCCAUGUUGUUAAUGACAGCGGUACACCGGCGAAACCAGGGGAAGAAAUUGAUGUCUACAUAUUUUCAUUGUUCAAUGAGAACCGAAAACCUGGCAUUGAGUCGGAGAGGAACUGGGGAUUGUUUUUUCCAGACAAGAGCUCGAUCUACAGCCUUGAUUGGACUGGCCGAGGCAAUGUGGAUGUUAUGACUGGAGCAAACAUUACAAGUGCAAAUGGAACCUGGUGUAUUGCUUCAGCUAAUGCAUCAGAAACAGAUCUGCAGAAUGCCCUAAACUGGGCAUGUGGUCCAGGCAACGUAGAUUGCUCUGCUAUUCAACCGAGCCAACCCUGCUAUCAGCCAGACACUUUGGCUUCCCAUGCUUCAUAUGCAUUCAAUAGCUAUUACCAGCAAAAUGGGGCCAACGUUGUGGCCUGUGACUUUGGUGGUGCCGGAAUACGGACAACGAAAGAUCCAAGUUACGACACCUGUGUCUAUUUGGCUGCUGGCAGUAAGAUGAGCACCACGAAUUCAACAUCUCUUCCAGCUCGGAGCGGCUCCAGUCCACACCCAUCAGCCAAAUGCUUCACCCCCUUGCUCUUCGUGCUGUCCGUUGCUAUGGCUGCAGGUAUGCUGUGAUGUAUGGAGAACACUCCAGCAAUCCUCUUCAGGUGUAAGAUGGAAGGUGAAUCCUGAUGCUGGUAAUCAGCAACGUUCUGUUUUGCCCAUGAGUAGUAGACUAGUAGUAGAGAGGCGUAUUAUGCAGUAGGUAUUCCCUGGUCAGUUAAGAUGUACAUCGUUGCGCAGACAAUAUAUAUAUCAGCUGGCGUUAAUAACUUGAAAAAUCCGCUUCUGGUGCCUCUCACUUUUCAU